GCGGAGAUUCUGAUCUAGAAGAAGUUCAAAUGGGGAAACUACUUGAACCACCUUGUCAAAUUUUAAAGCCCCUUGCUAAUUUUAUUCUUCCUUUUAAUAUACAUAUUUAUUUAUAUAAAGAAAAAAAAAAUGUUAGCCCUCGGAAAGUCAUUUAGUAAACUAGUCAUUACAACAAAUUCAAAAUCUGCACUAAUUCCAGCAUGGAAUCAAAUUCGCCAUUAUGCUACAAUAGAAAGCAAUAAAAACAGUAUUAAAAAAAGACAUGAAGCAUUAAAUAAAGAUAAUGUACCUCAACUCAAUAAUCUGGAUUCCAUUCUUGAUUUUCCAACAGAAAAGAUGAAAACACUGGAUCAACCUCAAUUGUUCCCAUCACAUCGUCCAUCAGAGGUUGUGUUAAAUACAGUCACAGAUAUUAUUGAUUCACCACUUUCGGGUCAGGAUCAAGGCAAUUUGAUGAAGAAAGCGCUUGUUAUUAAACGUGUUGUUAAUAUGAAUGGUAAAGGUAAACAGCCAUCCAUGUAUGCUCUUGUUGUGGUAGGCAAUGGGAAUGGAUUAGCAGGUUAUGGUGAAGGUAAAGAUGAGGAAGCAAGCCGAGCAGUUCGUAAAGCCACUAAUAGAGCCAUCAAGAAUUUACGUUACUUUGAACGUUAUGAUAAUCGUACAAUAUCCAUGGAUCUUACACAUAAAUUUCAUGCAACAACUUUAGAGUUACGUUCGAGACCGCCAGGAUUUGGUAUUCGUACAAAUCAUUAUGUGCAUGAAAUCUGUAAAUGUAUUGGUAUUCAGGAUAUCAGUGCUAAAGUGAGAGGUUCCAAGACACCCAUGAAUGUGAUUAAAGCUACAUUUGAAGCCUUUUCACAUCAAAAACUGCCUGAAGAUAUUGCUAAAAUAAGAGGAAAGAAAUUAUCUGAUGUACAACAUGUUUAUUUUGGAGGUCAAUAAGUUAAUAUCAAUAAACAAUAUAUAGAUUUAUAUUUUAUAUACAUGUAUAUAUUUAUAUACAUAUUUAUUUAUAUUUUUUAUUAUUAUUGCUGUUGUUAUCAUUUCAUCACAUGACCUUCACUUCUUUGAGCAUU